UACGUUAAGGCUGCCAUUUUAGUAAGAAUUGAAAAACAAAUCUUCUUGCAACAAAAAUAUGGAAUUCCACUAUUUGGUAUAUGUUUUUGUCUGUCUAGACACUUUGCUGGCUUCAUUGAAAGGCGGGACAGCAACAUUUCUUUUCCACAACUCGACAACUUUCUUCGUUCCAAAUGAUACAUAUCGCCUGCGUGUGCUCGCCGUCGGAGGAGGGGGAGGCGGGUGUGGUGGGAUAAGGCGAGAAAUAGGUAAGAGUGGUGAUGUGGCAGUAAACAUUGUUCAUGUCAGCGGUCCAGCAGCCAUUAAUGUGUCUGUGGGACGAGGAGGAUUAGGCGCUAAAGACCACAGUGUGGAAUCAAUAUCUAAUGGAGGAUCUUCUCACUUUGGAAAUUACCUUGCUGUCCCUGGAGGCCCUGGGUGUUCAAAGAGCAAAUCUGAGUACAGUUUAAGUCAACUCAAAGGAAUAAGACACCUUCGGAUGAGCAAAAUAACCAAAGGUGUGAAUGGCGAGUCUAAGGGCUCUAGUCUAAAAGGUGGAGAGGGUGGAAUUCUCAUCAAUGGUUCAGGACCUUCAGGGAAGCAGGGAGGAGGUGACAGUUCAGCAUUUGGAGGAACUGGCUACGGGGCAGGAGGCGGAGGCGGAGGUGCAGUUUACUUACACAGCGGACCUUUAAUUUACUCUGGAGGAAUGGGUGCUGAAGGUGUUGUCUAUAUAGAAAUGCAACAUUCCGUGUGUUCUGGCCCAGUUGACAUAGUCUUUGCAGUGGAAUCGCGUCAUUCUGAGAGCGAGUUUGAGCAACAGUUAACUUUCAUACAGAACAUUAUCAAGUCCUUUCAGAUAUCUCCUGAUAAUGUACGCGUUGCAUUGAUAGCAUACGGGAAUGAAGCCCAUCUUAAAUUUGGAUUUCAUGAGUUCAAGGAGUUAAGCAACCUUUUGAAGGAAGUUGCCAGUAUCAAGAAUGAUUUAAAAGAGAGUUCCGUGGUACAUUUCGCUAAACUGUACGAGACAGCACUGAUAACCUUUCAUGCCGAAAGUAGGACAAGUGUAUUAUCGUCUAAGGCUUUCAUUGUGUUGACUUUUGCUGAAAACGUCACCCAAAACGAUUCGAUGCAGAACUUAGUGAGCAGCGCUUUGAGUAAACGCAUUUUGAUGUCAGUGGUUGCAAUGAGAAACAAGAGUAAAGAAGAAGACUUUCUGAGUCUGGUAGAGGACAAGCAUAACGUAUUUACUGGAGAAGCGACUCAUAUCACGAACAAGCUUCCGUGGAUUGUCGAUCUCAUUUGUCAAGCACCAUCAGCAAGAAAAUCUGACUUCAGCUCAAAAGCUGCCAGUCUUUUACUAUCAACAUCAGAAGUUGUAGCAAGUUCUAGUUUAUCGAAGAACGUUACAAGCCUGUACUGGCACACUCCGUCAGUUUAUGCCGAGAAUAUCUCAACGGAAACUAUCUACAGACACAGUUCAGCAGUGGCCACCAUUACAGUGAGCGCAACUGUCCUUGUAAAGUCGUCAGUCCAUAGUCGGAUUAACAGUCGACGGACAGUGGAAGAACUUGAGAGAGAUCUUGAUGAUGUUUUAAGUUUUAAUGUUUCGUUGAUCGACCCAGACGAUAUCGUUAACGUUAAGAGCUAUAUCAGCUUAGCUGGCGACCUCCUCGCUGAGAGUCACAGAAUACCAAACGCCUCAGAGGCAAGUUUUACUUUUCGUACCUGUCUACCUUUGUCUGCCUUAGUGAGUUAA